AUGAAAGGCAAGAAACAAAGAAAGACAUCAAGAGAAAGAGAAGAAACGUCCGAAUUGGCGUCGGUCGAACCAGUGCCAAUCAACCAGAAGACGAUAUACGAAGAAUGUUGCAAUGAACCAUGGUUUUUUGGCUAUGUUCAGGGAAAGGCGCUUAUGGUAGGCAUCUUCAUAACCUUUUUUUUCGCAUAAACUAAUAUAAUAGUUUAUGAUAAUGUUUAAAAAUCCCAUUUUUUAAUAAAUUUCAAAAAUUUUUUUUUGAAAACAGCGAUUUUUCAUUUUUUAACGUUUUAGCCAUACCUAAAACAACCCGGCGACUUUGCGGUAUGUUACAUGGACCAACUAGAGAUCAUCGUAAAAGGAGACACGUCCAGCUACAUUACUGCGGCCAUGAUCGACAACUGCGAAAUAAAAAUUAGCACAAUUUCAAAGGUCAGUACUAAUUAAAAAAUAUUAUUUUUAGUGUUAAAACAACAUAUUACUUAAAGUUAAAUAUAUUAAUGUUAGAAUACCUAAAAUCAUAAUGCUUAAAGCCAAAAUUUUAGUCCUUUAACUCCGUGAAAAAGAUGGUCGCAGAGAUGACAAAACGAAGAUUCAAGCUGAUUAAAAGUGGCGAGAAGGUUCGACCAGUAAGACCAAUGGAAACUCCGCCUUGGAUCCUGAGCAAAGAAUUUGUAAAUAUCGGGCAGAAACUGGAAAGUGAAACUGGUAAGACAAACUUUUCACAUAUUUUCUAAAUUUUUUAUCACAACUAAUCCUGUAAAGCGGCCGAGCUCAAUUUUCGACCGAGCCCAGUUUUCGGCCCGGCCCACGAACGGGGUCAUGGUUUUACGUAUUUUAUUUUCAGAUUACCACAAGGUGUACGAUGGCAAGCUGUUUGACAAAAUCGAUGUGUUAAUCAAAAUGACAUCCCAUGAUCACAACAGACAAACCAUAGAAAAAACAAAUCGAGUCUUGUCCAACGAAUGCCAACGAUUGGUCAAUUUGAAACAUCCUAACUUAACAUUGGUAAGACUAAAUAAAAUUAUUAAGUUUCGACAUAUUUAGUAAAACUAUAUCUAAUUCCAUAAUUAGAAAAACUAUAUCCAACUUUAUACUUCUAAAUGAUAAACUUUGGCUUUAAAAACAUAAGUAAACAAAAUAUUAUUGUAGGUAUAUGGCUUGGUAUGCACUGAUUUGCCAGUUCAAUUAGUAUUCGAAAGUUCGCCAGGCAGAACCCUGAAGGAGUUCUUGAUUCUGCACGGUUCAGCAUGUUCAGACGUCGAACGAUACAAGUUUGCCAUGGAGAUCACAAACGCGUUGGUCUAUGUUCAUGAACAGUAGGUUUUGAAGUCAUGAUUAAUAUAAUUUACAAAAAGUUGAAUAACUUGGGCUAAUUUUUACACAUUUUUCGUUAAAAAAACAUGAAAUCAAUUCUUUUUACAGAAACAUUGUUCAUCGACAAGUGGUAGUGGACAAAUGCUAUGUCAGUAUAUAUGGCCAUUUGAAGUUGUCUGGGUUUGGCCUAGCUAAUACUCCUGAAGAACUAAAUGAUACCAAGCCUGAGAUCCUGACACAACAAAACAUUCCAAUCAGAGCAAUGCCACCAGAAUGCUUGACUAACAAGCCGUGGUAUUCGCUGAGCUGCGACAUAUGGUAGGUUAAGCAAAUGAAUAAACUUUUAUAUUAGGUAUUGAGACCUCAAAGUACUUAAUAUAUCACAGUAUCUGAUAUAUUGAGGAGGUUCAAGUAAUUCUUUGCCCCUACUCAAAGCAAUUUUUUGGAGUUGGGGGCACAAAAUUAUUUGAACAAUGUAAUAUUAUCAAUUUGCUUAACCCAAAUAUUUCAGGUCAUUCGGUGUGUUUAUGUACGAAGUCUUUUACCAUGGUGAAAGCCCAUGGCCAGACUUGGAGCCAAAACGAAUUGCUACAGCUAUUCGCAAGGUUCAGAUGCCACUGUUACCUCAAAAAAUGCCUCAGGAAGCGAAAGAGUUCGUGGAAACAAAGUGUUGGGUGAAAGAUCCAAAAUGUCGAGCAAAGAUUGGCGAAAUCAAAAUAUUUUUGGAAGAACAAUUGAAGAGUUUGGCUUCUUCUGGCGAUGAGGGACCGCAGGUAAGCUGAUAUCCAAAAUAAAUCAAGUUUAGAUAGCCUUUUGGCUUCAAAAAACUAACUAGAUCAACGCUAAAACUAACUUAUAAAGGAAGAAGCCGUUUUAGGAAGCCCUGAAAGUGAUAAGUGGUGUAGAACCGCUGACAACAAGUCAGGUUGAGCAGAAACACGAGCAGAUGAUUCAGGCUUUCAACGACCUCAGAAGCAAAGCAAUUUGGAUCCGUAAAGGAGGACCGGCAAAAUCUGUAGAGAAAAAGAAGAAGGUAAUUAAAAAGACGGCGACAAGCAGAAGCACAACCAAUACUACCACCAACAACACUACUUGUUCAACUCCUAAAGACGACGUAAGUUGAUAUAUAGGAAAGAUUGCUUUCGUGUAGAUCAAUCCGCAAAAAUGAAGCAUAACUGGCUAGUCUAGACUUCAAAAGACUUUUUUGUUUUCUCAAAACACCAAAGCUAAAACAAUAUUAGGUUAACAGCGAUAUUACCUAAAAUAAGAUUAGACUAAAGACUAAUAAUAUCGUUUUAGUCGCAAGAAAAGCUGGAUAGAACUCAAAUGAAGUCAGUAACAUCAAAAGCAACUUCGAAAAGCACCACCCAUAAAUCCGAAAAGAAGGCCAAGAAGACCAAAACUGUAUCCAACAAUGCCCCUCCCCCCAAAUUACCUCGCCCACUUCAUGCUCACCAUGAAAUUGAUGACGAUUACAGUGGAAGUCUCAAAGACGAGAAAUAA